GUGUGCGAAGGAGUAUUGUAUGCCAGUUUGGAGUGUGCACUGUACGCUGGAACUAUCACUGGAAAAAGUCCUUGCGAGUUCAAGUUAAAUAGGCACAAUAUUUAACUUUAUUUCCCAGCUGUUUGCUUUUUUAAAAUAGAUUCUAAACUGGAUUAUUCACCCGUAGCCUAUCAACGUCGUGAUUCAUGCACUUUGGAUGAAGCAGUUCAGAACGGACUUCGAACAUGAGUUGGUGUCUCCAAUAUACAGGCACACUGUAACAUCUCAAGUGGAUUGGAAUUUCAAUGCACGGGAGAGUAAUUUCCACCUGAAAUAAGGAUUUUGCGCAUUUUAUCGCGAGUGUUUUGGAGUCUGCUACUACACAUAUGGAGUAGGCAUUUGGAGAUAUGCUAAAUGUUUUCUGUUAGAGCGUUAUUAUAGACGAUACAAUGAAAUUGACUUAUCUAUAGACAACGGAUUCACCAUACAACGAAGAAUAUAAGAAAACAGACGUGCCAGAGAUCUUUCCUGAAGCAAGGACAAAGAGGUCACAUUUACAGUAUCGGAUUGUUAAAUGUGCAUCAGCAACUGUAAAACGCACUCCAGCGCACGGUUCGCGGGCAAAGACUCCACUUGUUAACCGACUCAACAUUAUUUUCUGACCAGUGACAUUUUGAAACUUGUUAUACCAAGGAGUUAAACGUACGCAUACCUUACUAAUCUAUUCGACACUGGAAGGUGAUGAGAUAAAGAAUCCAGAACAUUGUUUUACCUGCAAUAUACUCUUGUUCUGCUUGCAUAGCCUGCACCGAACAGAGGAAGCAGGAUUUCACGAUAUCUAUUCAGUGAUGGUUAUCAUUUGUCAUUUUAAACGUGAUUUUACGCAUGAUCUACAUGCGACACUAGCGAAUGGGAUCUAGAAUUGUACAUUUACACUGUAUCCAUUUUUGUUUUAUGAUUUCAUCGUGCCGUUGAUUCAUUUGCAUCACUGAAUAAGCGUGGAAAUGGCAGGCUCCUGUUCCAAUUGGAAGUACUACCUUUGGUUUUUGACAGUCUUGUGCAGGUCGCUGUUGCCGGUGGCCAAAACGUUGGAGUCGGUGGUUUGGAACUCACAAAACCCAAAAUUUCAGUAUGGGAAGGGCUUGGUGAUGUAUCCCGAGAUAGGAGACAAGCUGGACAUUAUCUGCCCAAAGGCAGACAUGGGGCGGCCGUAUGAGUUUUACAAACUAUACCUGGUGAAGAAGGAGCAGGCAGACCAAUGUAGCACAGUCAUGGACCCCAAUGUGUUGGUCAACUGCAACAAGCCUGAGAAGGACAUCAAAUUCACCAUCAAGUUUCAGGAGUUCAGUCCAAACUACAUGGGCCUGGAGUUCAAAAAGAACGUCAAUUACUUCAUCACAUCCACUUCCAAUGGGACCCUGGAGGGCCUGGAGAACAGGGAAGGAGGGGUCUGCAACACCCUCUCUAUGAAGAUCGUCAUGAAAGUGGGCCAGGACCCGAACACAGUUGUACCGGACCCAGUGAUAACAGAAAAGCCCAGCCAAGAGGAAAACGUUGUGAAGGAGACAACCACCAAACCAAAUAAGAAGGGGGGCAGUGGUGGGGCCGUGGAGCCGGGCAACAAAGGUGAGGAUGCUCAGACUUGUGGGAAAAGGAGUAUUUGCCACAGUAUGACCCCCGUUUCCUGGUUUUGUGCUCUCGUCCUUAUUAUCAGUGUUCAAGAUUUGACUGUAACCUUCAAUGCCAAAUGGUCAUGGUUUUGCUUCCAAUACUGUAUCCCACUCUGUGAAACCAUUGUUCUCUGUACAAUGCUCCGCCACGCACGCACGCACGCACGCACGCACGCACGCACGCACGCACGCACGCACACACACACACACACACACACACACACACACACACACACACACACACACACACACACACACACAGUAUUGUAUUACUAAACUUGUGGGGAAACCCAAUUCAGUCCCAUUCAAAAUCCUAUUUUCCCUAACCCCAAAGCCUAACCUUAACCCUAACCUUUAACCUAACCCUAGCACCUAACCCUAAUUCUAAGCUUAACACUCAUUCUAACCUUAACCCUAAACCCACUAGAAAUAGCAUUUGACCUUGUGGGGACUAACAAAAUG